UCAAACAGCAGCUAGAAGCUACGAAUAAACGUACGACUACCCUCGAACAACGUAUCGAGCAACUUCUCAUGCAAGUGGAGCUGUUACUCCAGCACCAAGUUCAACGUCCUAAAGACCCGACCCCGGAGAGGAACCCCGAUGCCACACCACCCCUCACGCAAAUGGAGCUGCCAGCCCACCCCCAAAUUCAGCGCCCUCCAGGGCCGACCCUUGAUAGGGACCCCGAGGCCACACCACUUACCUCUCGCGCCCCUACGCCCGUUCCGACACAUAUUAGCCACCUUGAGCGCAUCAUCUACGAGAUGGGAGAACGCCUCAACAGCCGGUUGAUCGACCUCGAUCAGCGCAUCCACACCAUCGAAGAAGCAAAGCGACAGGCGCGCAAAAGGCCCAAACAGUGCACCUUACCCAGCACCUCCGGCGACACGUCCCCUCCCCUCCAAAUUGAUGAUGAUUAACCCCCCAUCGCCCAAAAACUCAUCCGCACCUCCACCCCCGCUGACCGUAUGGCAGUGGAACUGUCGCUCGUUUCGCAACAAGAAACCAUCGCUCACUCUCCUCGCCCUUCAACACUCGCCAGACCUCAUCGCCCUUCAAGAAACGAAUACGGACAACGUGUCGCUUCGGGGUUACACGACAUAUGUCACUGAUCCAACAUCCCGAACAGCCGUCCUUGUUCAAGCCACCCAAACCGCCCAAACGCACACUCUACCUACAACGAUAGAUUAUACUUUCGUCGAACUCCUACCCCGUAAAAAGACAGAAACCAGCCUGUACGUCCUUAACAUCUACAGUCCUCCAACACAGACUCUCUCGGCGAUUGACCGCCUUCUAAGAAUCGUCCGCCAACGAACCAGAGGCCACAAACUCGUGGUCCUCGGGGAUUUCAAUGCCCAGCAUACGGCCUGGGGUUACCCCAGAAACAACAAAAAGGGUACAAGCUUACAUGAAGCUACUCUACAAAAUCAACUCUACCUAUAUAACUCCCUCCACAUUCCCACUAGAAUUGGCAACAGCGUCUCGCAGGAUACGACCCCCGACCUGACGUUUACAUACAACAUCAAACAGGCUACAUGGUCGCGCCUGGACAAAACUCUGGGCAGUGUCCAUUACAUAAUACAGCUCCAAAUCCCACACCAAAGGACCAGGAGCCAAAAAAUUGGCACGGCACGCAUCACCAAUUGGAAAAAUUUCCGAGAAGCAACUCCCACCGGUCCCAUCAUAAGCCUCGAGGAUUGGACUACCCAGCUCCUUGAGAAGGCACGGGAAAACACCAAGGAACUUUCCCUUACGGAGGACAAUCCCGCCAUCGACGCCCAUCUCCUCCACCUCUGGGACGCCCGCAACGGGCUGCUCAGACGAUGGAGGAAAAACAAGACAAACCGCAAACUGAAGACCCGCAUUGCAAAACUAACGGCAGAAGCGGAAACAUACGCCCUCCAACUUAGCCAAUUAAACUGGAUGCAACUUUGUAACAAAAUCCAAGGAACGCUGGGGACCCGUCGAACUUGGCACCUGCUACGCUCCCUGUUGGGGACCGGCGAGUCCAAGGCGACUCUCGUGCCGCUCUCCAACAGCUACAAAGACCCAAAGAAACGUCGAAAGCAGCAACGGCAGCUGAAUUAG